GUGCACUGGAGGUUAGAUGCUACCGAUGAGGAGAAGACUAUGGAUUACUGGCGAACAAUAGCAGUUGACAUACAUGAAGUUUGCUACACGUCACCUCCACUUGUAGCACCAAUAGUUGGCGCUAAAGAUGUUAGCGCUAAAGAUGCGUCCAAAGCUGAGGAGCAUUCUAGUGGCCCUCCAGAUGCUAAUUUCAGGCUUGCUUGCUUGGAGGCAAAAUUUGAUGAAUUAAAUAAAGAGAUGGCAGCGUUAAGGAAGAUGCUUAGUUCUGUUAUUGACCAACAAAAGCAUCAGGCCGAGCAUCAUAUGCAUAGCCAUUCACCGUCAUCUUCGGUUAGACCAUCAUCCCCUGUGCCACCGUCUUUUGGAGAGCAAGCCGAAGAAUUUGAUGCACCCAUAGACGGUUCCAAUGGUAGGAAGGAGGAUGAUGAUUGUACUACACCGUUUGAGCCUAUUGUACCUGGAGGACCCUAUGUGGAGGAUUCCUGGGCUUUGGUGCCAUAUCGGCCUUUGCAUUUCGGGUGGGAUAUCGGUGCUUCAGCUGACAGUCCACAUCAUGACCAAUCAGCUGAGAUUGAGGUGGAAGAUCGGACGCAUAACGUUGGUGAUACAAGCCGAUUCGGUCGAGUUUACCACCAGUCACAUCACGUCAUCUCUCCUUACACCGACCCGUGUAAAAAGAAGGUCAAAUUUAAUCUUAAUCGACCUAUUGAUGCAUCAAAGGAGAGGGCGUUCGAUGAGUGGUAUAGGGUGGCACAGAAGGAAGCAACCGUGUGUACAUCUUUUAUAAGAUGGGAAAGAAAUUUUUUGCUGAGCUACUUACAUCUGAAGGAUGGUUGAAUUCCGAUCAUAUUGACACUAUUUUGUAUUUCAUACGAAAAAGGCGGUUUGAUAAUGAGAAGAUGUUCACCAACACCUGUGCCAUAUUAGACGUGUUAUUUUGGUCAUCCAUCAAAGGGCGUUAUCCCAUAUGGAGGGCAUCUCGUAGCACAUAUUCAUGUGAUGCGACCCUUUGUAGCUGUGUGCGUGGGAAGUCACCCAAACCUAGCGUGUCGUGGCGGAUAUGUGAUUAUGUGUACAUCCCUGUCAACAAUGGAGGCGCGCAUUGGUUGGCAGCAUGUGUGGACUUGAAGGCCCGACAUAUUGAUUUAUACGAUCCAAAUAUGGGAAAUAAAUAUGUCCAGAAUAGAGAGUUGAAGAAUGCAGAAUGCCUUACGUAUAUGCUGCCUUACCUAUUGAGGGAUGGGGGAUAUUACGAGAAGAAUCCGGACGUGCCUCCCACUUUAGAUCCAUUCACGAUGACCAUGAUCAAAGAUGCACCCCGCCAAGAUAAUGGGUAUGAAUGUGUUGUC